AUGAGCAGGUGGACUUGUUGGAUUUGUAAGAAAUGCAGAGAUGAAUCUAAGAGACCCCCUUCAAACUUAACUUUGGAAGAAGUAUUACAGUGGGCCCAGUCUUUUGAAAAGCUAAUGGCUACAAAAUAUGGUCCAGUAGUCUAUGCAGCAUACUUAAAAAUGGAGCACAGCGAUGAAAACAUUAAAUUCUGGAUGGCAUGUGAAACCUAUAAGAAACUUGUCUCAAGGAGGAGGAGAAUUUCUAUGGCAAAGAAGCUUUAUAAGAUUUACAUCCAGCCACAGUCUCCAAGAGAGAUUAAUAUUGACAGCUCUACAAAAGAAACCAUCAUCAAGAACAUUCAAGAACCCACUCAAAAAUGUUUUGAAGAGGCUCAAAGAAUAGUAUAUAUGCAUAUGGAAAGGGAUUCUUAUCCCAGAUUUCUGAAGUCAGAAAUGUAUCAAACACUUUUAAAAACUUUUCAGUCUAAUAACAAUUCAUGA